GUUUAUACAAUACUGACUACAAGUAGCAAGAGCCUCAACAGGGUAAUGUCACGACCGUGAUACGUACGACCUUCGCCCAGUGCUCCGUUUCGCACAACCGGUACUUCAACUACUCAUCGCUGUAACUAUUUUUGGGUGUCCCACCUAUCUACGCCUCGCCGAAGCAAUGGAGAGACCUACCAAGAGACCGCGAAUAUCUAUGGGGACAGAACCAGAGGGGGAAAUGGACGACAUCGACAUCCACGAAGCGCGUGCCCAGAAUGACCUCCGUCUGAAGUCGAUCUUCGAGGGCAUUUUUGAAAAAUACGGCAAGGACUUUACAGACAUCGGCGACGAAAUCGAUUUACAAACCGGAAAGAUAGUCGUGGACAAUGGCCACAUCGAGGCCAUGGAGGGUGAAGACGAUACCGGCGAGCAGAGUGGUUGGCUGUUCGAGGCGGGCUUGUCUGCACCCUCAAACCCGGAAGCAGAUGAUGUUACAUUGGGCGGUUCUGCCCAGCAGCUCGAUGCAGAAAUCGGCGGUGAUGCUGCAGGAGAUGACGGCACACCAUCUCAGCAUCCACCGGCUUCGAUUCCAUCGUCAACGGGGCUGGCCCCAGACCAGUCAUGGGAGGCCAUGACGAACGAAGCAGCCAAUGACGACCCGGACACUAACGACGAUAGGUCUAGUGCGGAUUCGUUGCUGGACUCUGCAUUGUGCGUCCAGAAUAACCUGGAUGGCUCUCGGGGCCGCAAGGCGAUGGCUGAUGCUCCAGGCAAGCCUGCGACCGCAAAAGCAAAUCCUGCGGCUGAAGCAUCCGCCCAAUCCAAGGGGGUCAAAUUCAGUGAGGCGGUGGAGGCAAUCUGGCGCGUUCCUGAAAUUAGUGGGGAUUUCGCUACACCGGCAUGGAACAAGUCACGUCCUGCGCCUGCGCUCAAUCUUGGACGCUCGCCAUCCCCACCGGGAACAGGGUCUCUUUGGGCACUGCCUUGGUCGUCCCGCCGGAGCGCCGGACCGAAACGCGCAAAGAAACUCCAGACCCCUCCGCAGGGGAGGAAGUGCCAGUCCAGCCCCGUCGUGUGCGACUGGUCCUUUGCGGAAACGCCUGACGGAGAUGAAUCCGACGACCCGUUGCAGGAAGACUACGAGCCUUCGCCAACGCCCAAACGGGGUAUCGAAAUCCGAGGCAAGCGCUCGGAAUCACAUACCCCGAGUCGUACGAAAGACAGAUGCGAGUCUUGCCAGCAGUACUUUGUCCAUUCCGAUUACGUCUCCCACCUGAAAGACAUCCUAUCCAAGCCUGCCGAUGGCCAGCAUGAUCAGGCAGAGGUCCGAAGAAAGCUGUCAGUCAUGACCGAUUCUCGGGUUUCCAAGACGCAGCCAGAAGGGACCACCACCUCCGCCAACACGUCCGCCAAAAAAGGUGCCAUUUCUUCGGUAAAGACCACGAAUGCGCCGGUGGAGAACCUCCCAGCGGAUAAUGAUACGACGCCUACGAAAAAACGUGUCAGGACGUACAUGGGUCCGGAUGAGGCAAGGUUGAUUGUUAGAAUGAGGCAAGUACAGGGGAAGAAGUGGAACGAUGUCCUCGACCAGCUUCCACAGAAAAGCUUGAGCCAACUCCUCCAGUGGAAUAAAAGCCACUGGAGUGAUCGCCGAGCGAACCCGCCUCCGUUGUCCAAGCCAUGGACCAAACCGGAGCGGGAACAGCUGGAUCAAAUCAAAGACCAACGGGGGCUUUCAUGGGCCACAAUCCGUGCAGAGUUGCCCGGGCGCCCGCUCGCGGAGAUCGAAUUCGAACUAUUGCAACGCUGGGUUGGCGAAGAUGGCUCUCACAAAGAAGCAGAUGAUUCGACGGCCACCUCGACAGGCAAGGACGAAUCAUGAAGCGGGAUCGUGACACCCGAGUCAGAGUUCGAUCCUUGCGUGCAGCCAGCCAGUCAGUGGGGACGAUCGCCUCGAGCACGAAUGUCGCCAGAUCCCCGCCACGACCCACUAUGGAAAUCUGGAGUGACAGGAGGACGCGGACAGUCGCACGGUUCUAGCGCGACUGGGAGCCACCGCCAGGGUUCGUCCGGGUAAAGCCGAGA